AUGGCCGCCGCCCAAGAAAGCCCUGCUGGCCCCCUGCCCGCCAGGCUCUUCCAGCCGGACGACUCGGCCGAGGACCUCGCCCACAAGCAGGUCCUUCACGACGUCGUGACGCUGUCCGCGCCGCCCGCCCGCGCCGCCCAGCAGCUCGACGAAUGGGUCUCCGGCGACGCCAACCGCAAGUACGCCGCCCUGCGAGACCGCGGCUUCACGCUCGCCGCCGACGAGAGCGCCUACCUCGUCGCCCCCAACGCCUCGCGCUCCAUGGACAUGCUGGCCGAGACCGUCGCCAGGCUGUGCUCGGCGUAUCCCCCCGGCCACCCUGCCCAGGACGCUCUCGUCCAUCUGCUCCAGCAGCUCAAGGACCUGCCCAGGCACGACGUGCCCGACCUGCGCUACGACGACGCAAACCAACUCCAGCUGGACCAGCCGAGGCAAAUUUGGCUCCUGGGCACCCCGGAAACCCGCUUCCUGGCCCAGCGGUUCCUGAGAGCAGCUCAAGACCUCGCGUAUCCCUUCUCCGACGUGGAAGACCUCGGGUCUGAGACUCAGCUCCGCUGGCGGAACCUGCAGAGCUUCGUUGCCCGCAUCACCACGCAGGACCUCAUCGACUGCAGCGACUCCACGGCCCUGCUGCACAUCCUGCCUCGGUCGCACACGUACCCCGACCUCGAGCAGCGCAAGAUGGGCGGGCCGCGCCGACUUGCCGCCGACGUCGAGGCCGCCGCGCAGUGGCUGCUGCCCGACCCGUCGCGCCGGUGGGUGCGCCAGCAAUGCCGGGAGGGCAACAGCUCGGGCGGCGUGUGGACCGAGCCCAACUGGCGUCGGUGGAAGGAGCAGUUCUCCCUCUUUGCCGGCGACCAGCGGCUCCCGGAAGCCACGCGUUCUCUGGCUGCGUCGCUGCGGCACAAGAUGGAUGCCGAGGACGGUGCGUGA